AUGUCAGCAUUCACCUUCUCCUUCUCAGGAGAAGACAUAGAAAAUAACAAUGUUGAAGAUACCGAACCUCAAGCGUCGCCAUUCUCUAAUCAUGCAGCAGAAGAAGGCACUCUCAAGCGCCCUUCGAGCUCCGCAUUUCCAAUCGCGGGGCAGCCAUUACUGCCUCCUCAAAGCCAUAAUCUAGAAUCUAUGCUGGAAAUGCUCCCAUCGAAGAUUGCUUAUAGCACAUUAGUGGUGAAACUGGAUGAUGGGAAAGAGAUCUCUAUUCCAAGGAGAGAACUUUGGGACGUGAGAGUGCAGCUUAUGGCAGAAGAUGAUGAUGAGGGGCUAGGAAACCUAGGCAAAAACGACGUGAGGACAGGAGUCUACGAAGGGGGGUUUAAGAGUUGGGAGAGCUCUGUGGAUGUUGUUAAGGUAUUGCAUGCGAGAAGAGGGGAGGUAUUGGGAUCCGCAAAGAGAGCUUUGGAACUUGGAUGUGGAACUGCUCUUCCAUCAUUGGCACUCUUUCAAUGGCUCCUGGAGAGCGUGCCUCCCUCUGAGCAAUCCACAGGAGGGCUGGACCUGGGCCUCGCGGAUUAUAACCCAACUGUGCUUCAGUUAGUCACUUUGCCAAAUCUUAUUCUCACUUGGGCUCAAGCAACGAGGAAAGGAUCCUGGGAUGCCGAAGGCGAACUCGAACUUGACAAAGAAGUUUUGCAGAAUUUCCUGGGAUCCUUAAAGUCAUAUGGCGUUACGUUGUCUUUCUUUUCCGGCGCAUGGAGCCCAGAAUUUGUCCAUCUGGUUGUCACUACAAUGGGAUCUGGGCCUGCCCGUCUUACGAUUAUUGGAGCUGAGACCAUUUAUUCACCAACUGCUUUGAGAUCCUUUGCGGAUACGCUUGUCUCUCUUCUGGAAGCGAUGCCAGAAGGCGAAAAGACAUCGUUAGUGGCUGCAAAGAAAGUAUAUUUUGGGGUGGGUGGAUCUAUCGAGGAUUUUUACGACGCCGUGAGAGCAAAAGGUCUUUAUGUGGAACAGAUCAGGGAAGAAUCCGAUGGAGUGAGAAGGGCCGUGGUAGAGGUGAAACCCAAGCCGUAG